GGAACUCCCGCGGACUCGGAGCCCGCGCGAAUAAAAAGUCCAAACUAAUGGAAGCUGAAACUGAUUUUAGCGCGAGACACCGAGACAGAGAGCCGCCAUGACAGCAGGAAACAAGUCUGUGCCAGUUAUCGUGCUGCUGCUCUACUUCCUGUUUCCACUUUUGGUUCAGUUGGCUCCCGUCAGCCCGGGAAACCAAACCCCCGUCAGCCCAGGAAACCAAACCCCCACUCCCUUUAAAGAGGCGGCUGAGCGAGCGAAGGCUCUGGUGGAGAAGAUUCUUAGAGACCUCCCCUCUGUCCACGCCUCCACCGUCAACACACCGGGUUUGACCUUUGACCCCUCCAGUCAGACCGCACACCUGCAGAUCAUGGUGAUGUCACUGGGGAUACCUGCCGUACCUGUCCUCAAACCACUGUCCCAACGCUUCACACUGGACAUGUGUUUGAGUCGUAUGUCUGCAGGCGGGCUGUUGUACCAGGGGCUGCUGGGAGUUUUGGCUGACAGAGUGGACGGACUGAUGGACCUGCAGUCAGACCUCAGAGACCUGCUGACACACAUCCACAAGAUGAAGGAGGUCUCUCAGCUCGGUGUGGACUCUCAGGAUCAGGACCAGAGUUUGGAUCUGGCCUCUCGUCUCCAUGGUAACUACGAGGUUCAGGUUGCGGUCCAUGUGACGCUGACGCAGCUUCGAUCCUUCUGUCAUGAUCUGAUCCGCAGCCUGAGAGCCGUCGCCACCUACAGGCUCCAUGCUGUGGGUACGCGCUAAGCCCCGCCCAUCACUGCAUUUGAGGUACCUGCACCGUGUUUGGUGGGCUUGAACAUUGUGCUGCACACGUGGGAACAGGCUGAGGACAGCGCCACCUGGUGUCAAGCACACACACACACCUAUGUAAACAUCAUGGAGUCAUCAGUUCACCACUUCACUGUAUUCAUGUAGAGACACAGCAAUUCAUUUCAUUCUCCACACACACAGUGUCUGUUUGUGAUCCAGGAGAUUUCCCUUAGUGCUCAGAGUGUGGGCGGAUCCUCCAGACUCCGCCCCCUGAGCAGGAAUGUACCACAUGUCUGAACGUGCUGACAGAAAAGAAUGUCCACUGAAUAUCUUUAUUUUAUUUAUUGUUUAUAUUUAAUAUUU